UCUGACUCAGACUAGCGUGUGCAGCGGGGAGCCUGGCAGUCAGGCGGUGAAAAGCUGCCUGCUCUAUCCCUGGACACUCCCUUUCCCCUGGGUCCUUGCUAGAUGUCUGGACAUUGAUCAUUCCCCCUUCAUUUGAAAACCCUUGGCAUGCGAUAAAUCAACUAUGGAAUCACCCCAGAAAUUACGUAUUCAGGGUAAUGAAAACCUUCAGCGCAUGAUGGCAGGGGCUAUGUUGCGGAAGGUUAAGUCUCGUUCUUCAAAGAAACAACGCCAUUUUAGAUUGCAAGAAGACUUCGCAACUGUUGGGUACCAAUCCAGUUGGACCAAAAUGUCCAACUCUUCCUUCUCUGUAAUGGAUGUGGAGCUAGUGCGUGAAGGACAUCAGUCAGAAGUCCUGCAAAGCCUCGCUCAGGAGUUUGCUGCAGAGUGUUGCUUUACGCUGGUGUUUCGAGGCCGCCGUGGUAAUCUGGACCUGGUUGCUGAGACAGCAGAGGAGGCUGGGGCAUGGAUCCAGGGUCUUCGUGCUCUAAUUGAGAAUAUGGAAAGCAUGGAUGAACGGGAGAAGCUUGACCAAUGGAUCUGUGACUGGUUUGUUAAGGCAGACAAAAACAAAGAUGGCAGGAUGAACUUUAAGGAGAUUCGUAAGCUUCUGAAAAUGAUGAACCUGGACAUGAACGAGCAGCAUGCCAUGCUACUGUUCAAGACAGCAGACAAAUCUCAGUCUGACUCUCUGGAGGCCGAGGAGUUUGUCGAGUUCUACAAAAUGCUGACCGAGAGGAAGGAAAUUCUGGAAUUGUUCCAGGAGUACUCAAGUGAUGGGGAGAAACUGUCUGUGUGCGAUCUGGUGGACUUCCUGAGGGAAGAACAGCUGGAGGGUGACACGAGUCAGCAACACGCUGUUGAUUUGAUAGACCGUUACGAGCCCUCAGGCAAUGCUAAAAAACGCCAGGCCAUGUCCAUCGACGGAUUUCUGAUGUACCUGUGCUCUCCGGAGGGCUCCAUCUUUAACUCAGAGCACCAGGGACUUUACCAGGACAUGAGCCAGCCCCUGUGCCACUACUUCAUCUCCUCGUCCCACAACACCUACCUGCUGGAGGACCAGCUGAAGGGACCGAGUAGCGUGGAGGCUUACAUCCAGGCUCUGAAGCGGGGCUGCCGCUGUGUGGAAGUUGAUUGCUGGGACGGCCCAAAUGGAGAGCCCAUUGUUUACCAUGGACAUACCUUGACCUCCAAGAUCCUCUUCAAAGAUGUCAUAGCCUCAGUGGCAAACUAUGCUUUCAAAGCGUCGGAGUACCCUGUUAUCAUAUCCUUGGAAAACCACUGUAGUAUUGAACAACAAAAAGUCAUGGCCAAGCACCUUAGCAGCAUUCUUGGUGACAGUCUACUGAAAUCCACAUUGGAUGGCAAAGUUCCCAGUGUGCUACCCUCUCCUGAGGCCCUGCGAGGGAAAAUACUGAUAAAAGGAAAAAAGAUUGGUGGAAUCGAGGAAAAUGUGGAUGGAGCACAGGAGACCCUCACAGGGGAAGUGAGCGACGAGGACGAAGCUGCUGAAAUAGACAAAGACAGCUUACCACCCGAGGAAAGCCACGGAGAAAAGAAGUUGAAGCAAAGUCUGUGCAAAGAGCUAUCAGAUCUGGUGGUGUACUGCAAGAGUGUCCAUUUCAGUGGUUUCGAGAAAUCUCGUGAGACGGGAAAGUCCUACGAGAUGUCCUCUCUCUCCGAGUCCAAGGCCAGGAAACUCAUCAAAGAAGCGGGGACAGAGUUUGUGCAGCACAACUCAAGGCAGCUGACCAGGGUGUACCCCAGCGGGAUGAGGACAGACUCAUCCAACUACAGUCCCCAGGACAUGUGGAGUGUGGGAUGCCAGAUAGUGGCCCUGAAUUUCCAGACUGCUGGCACUGAGAUGGACCUCAACGAUGGUCUCUUCCAUCAGAACAACUCCUGUGGCUAUAUUCUAAAGCCUGUGUUCUUAAGGCAAUAUAGCAGUACCUUUAAUCCAGAUAGACCCCAGGAGUUCUGCAACAAUCAUCCACAGAAACUCUUCAUCAAGGUAAUUAGCGGUCAACAGCUUCCCAAAUUAAGUAAGAAGGAAGGCUCGAUUGUGGACCCCCUCGUCAGGGUAGAAAUCUACGGUGUGCCUCAGGAUCAGUCCAAACAGGAGACACGACGCAUUGACAACAAUGGAUUCAACCCAGUAUGGAACGAAAGUCUUCAGUUCACCGUCCACGCUCCUGAGCUGGCCCUGGUGCGCUUUGUGGUGGAGGACCAUGACACGACAACCAGGAACGAUUUCAUAGGACAGUACACCUUGCCUUUCACUUCUAUGUUACAGGGAUAUCGUCACAUUCGUUUGCUGUCCAAAGAUGGCACAAGUCUUGCUCCGUCCUCUCUGUUCGUACACAUCCGUAUAGACCUUGCAUGAUGAACAGCUGACGCAUCAGUACCAGCAUGUUAAAAACAUGACAUCUUUACCUCAUCUGUCCUUUUGCUGUUUUUUUUAUGAAUAUAAGCUGGACACUAUGCAAUCACAUCCUCUUAAAAAGAAGCAGUGUUAUGCGGCAUUGUUAAUGCGUCAGAAUGUUUUCUCUGAAGAAAAGUAGGAUGACUAGCAUGCAAGGUUUUGCACGUGAUGUGAUAUUUUUAAGCAAACUAGCCCUCACAUACAGUAUUGUCUUAAAAAUCAUAUGAAUUCAUUACAUAAAAAAGAAAAACCAAAUAAUUCACAAACAUGUCAUGUUAUGCCCCCCCCCCCCUCUUUCAGAGUUCUAAUGCAUUUCCUUAAGUGCCACAAUUGAUUUAAUGAUGUCUUAGCAGAGCAUGUAAUUCAGUGUCCUGAAACUGUAUGAUUCCUGCUGGUAUUAUAGCAUAGAUUGAGAAUGCUCUGCUUGUUCUGAAGAAGAUCAGAAGAUGUGUAGAGGCCUUAGUGCUCAAUAUUAUAUUUUAUCUGAAUGAAAUAGUUCAAGCUCUUUUACAUUACUAUGACUUUUUAAAAAAGUACUUUUCAUUUUGUCAAUUUAUGACACAAUUUCCAACUUUAUUAUUUUAUUAAUAUUUGCUGCUAUUCAUGUAUUAUUAUCAUUAUUGUAAUAAUAAAUAAAUUCAAGCAAGA